AUGCCCAACAUUUUAACUAACUCUAAAAUUCAACCAAAAGAAAAAAAUAGUUCUUUUGAAAGAAGUAAUUUCUUGAGUAAAGGUGAUUUAAUAACUACUUUUUCUUACGGAGUGGUAGCGAUAUUUGUAGCGCAAAAAAUAACCAUAACUGAAAAUCCUAUGUGGACUGGAGCCUUAACCGGCUUUUAUGAAGAAAGUUUAAAAACCACGGUUGAAAGCAAAACCCAAGAAUUUAAAAACCUCUUAGAGAGAAAUAUCGCUUAUGGACAGCAAACUCAACAAGCCUUA